AUGUCGAUGAAGAUGGUGAUAAACCGCGCCGCUGCCAGUCGGGUGUUAUCCGGCGUGGUGAAAAGACUGCCGGGGGAAACUUUAUUGAAGGACACGACAACUAACACAAGAACGAUGGCGUCUAAGGCUGUGACUCUCGAGAACUUGAACCCAAAUAUUAUCAAAUUAGAAUAUGCCGUGAGAGGACCUUUGGUAAUACGAGCUGGAGAAAUCGAAAAGGAGUUAGAAAAGGGAGCGUCCAAACCCUUCCAGAAGGUCAUCAGGGCCAACAUCGGCGAUGCUCACGCCAUGGGCCAGCGACCCAUCACCUUCAUCAGACAGGUGUUGUCAUGUAUAGCGAAUACGGAGCUAUUGGAAAAAGGCGACUUCCCCGAGGACGUGAAGGAAAGAGCGAGAGAGAUCCUCUGUGGCUGCGGAGGCGGCUCCGUGGGGGCGUACUCAGCGUCGCAGGGUAUCGAGCACAUCAGACGACACGUGGCGGAGUACAUCGAAAAGAGAGACGGCCACCCGGCCCGCUGGCAGGACAUCUGCCUCUCGGCCGGCGCCUCCACCGCCAUCAAGAACUGUCUGCAGCUGCUCUGCAACGACAUCGACGGCAAGAAGAGCGGCGUGAUGAUCCCCAUCCCGCAGUACCCUCUGUACUCUGCGUCGCUGGCGGAGUACGGGCUGGCGCAGGUCGGCUACUACCUGGACGAGGACUGUGGCUGGGGACUCAGCAUCGACGAGCUCGAGAGGAGCCUCACAGACGCGCAGAAGAACUGUAACUGUAACGUGCGGGCGCUGGUCGUCAUCAACCCCGGGAACCCCACGGGGCAGGUGUUGACUCGAGAGAACAUCGAGCAGGUGAUCAAGUUCGCUCACAAACACAGUCUGUUCAUCUUCGCGGACGAGGUGUACCAGGACAACGUGUACGCCGAGGGCAGCGCCUUCCACUCCUUCAAGAAGGUGUUGAUGGAGCUGGGCGCGGAGUACAGUUCUCAGGAGCUGGCGUCGUUCAUGACCAUCAGUAAGGGCUACAUGGGUGAGUGCGGUCUGCGCGGCGGCUGGGUGGAGCUGGUGCACAUGUUGCCCGAGGUGCAGGCCCAGCUGUACAAGUGUAUGUCGGCCAUGUUGUGUCCCUCCGUGCUGGGGCAGGCGGUCGUCGACUGCGUGGCCAAGCCGCCCGCGCCCGGCGAGCCCUCCUACGAGCUCUGGAUCAAGGAGAAGACCGACAUACUCACCUCGCUCAAGGACCGCGCGAAGCUCAUCGCAGACACAUUCAACACCUUCGAGGGCUUCAAGUGUAACUUGGUGCAGGGAGCGAUGUACGCCUUCCCCAGGAUCACGCUGCCUCCGAAGGCGAUCCAGGCGGCCAAGGACAAGAACAUGGCGCCCGACGUGUUCUACGCCUUCAGACUGCUGGAGGAGACAGGCGUGUGUAUAGUCCCCGGGAGCGGGUUCGGUCAGAAGCCAGGCACGUAUCACUUCCGCACCACCAUCCUGCCGCAGCCCGACCUCCUCAACACCAUGCUACAGAACUUCAGGAACUUCCACCAGAAGUUCACUCAGGAGUACGCCUAG